UCUAAUCACUGAACUGAGGGCCGUGCCAGACAACCUGUCACAGGAAGAUCUGCUUAUUUCCUUACUGUGUCCUACUUAAUCAUACCCAUUGUAGCUACUGCCAGUGGGACUAAAAUCUGAAAAUGAAUAUACCACUCAAGACACUUCUGAUAUUCGGCUUACUGAUUGCUACACAUGAAGAGGCUUUGGAUGAUAGUGGAUCAGGCAUGGAAUCCAGUCCUACAACUGACAGCACAAGUGCUUCUAUCACCACAGCUGAUACAAUACCAACCACGACGUCAGAAGCUCCUGAGACCGGUACUUUUACCACAGGCAUAACAUCCAAAUCUACAGAUGAUACUCCUGCCAUCACAACUGCUGCCACCACAACUACUAUGUCUACAACAAUAGGUGCCUGUGCAUCAAGUCCUUGUGUUGGAGACAGUAUCUGUGAAGAACGGUUUGGGCCCUCAUUUGCUUGCAUCUGCCGGCCUGGGCUGGUUUAUCUGGAAAGUGGCUGUACACAAACUAAGGUCUUCCCUGGUAAGUUAACUUUGAAAAGGGACUUUGCAUCAGAAAUGGAUGACAAAGCAUCUAAACUGUUUCAGGAGACAGCAGAAGAAAUUGAGAAAGCGCUCCAAAAAAUUCUGUAUGAUGACAAUGGCUAUUUGAAUUCCACCGUUGUGAAACUAAGUUCUGGCAGUAUAAUUGCAGAUGUGCAGAAUUUCUAUGAUUUGAAAUCCACUGCCACAUUUGAUAAAGUUGAAGAACUGAUUCAGAAAAAUAUUAUAAAUGAAAUACCUCAAGUUGACGGAUUCCAACGAGACAGUCUGUGUAAGUCCAUUUGUGACAAUGAUACCACAACCUGUGAGGAAGGGCUUAGUGGUACUGCGAAGUGUACUUGCAAGGAAGGGUACAUCAGCUCAGAAUUCACAUCCUCUACCUGCUUAUCUUGUCCGAAUGGGAAAAAAGCAGUGAAUGGAGAAUGUAAAACGUGCCCAUUUGGCUUUUCUGGAUUUAAUUGCAGUGAAUCAUAUCUUUUGAUUGUGGUUGUGGUGUCCACUGUAUUGGGUGUUUUACUGAUCAUCUGUAUUGUGGCCCUGAUUUUUGUAAGCUGCAGGGAUCAAAAGGACAGCUCUUCAGACAAGGUAGACUUUAGCUCAAACUAUGGCAAUACGGAAUUACACAAACCUGCAGGAGUUCCCAGGAUCCCUCGGGCCAAUCCUGAUGCUAGCUGGAAGUCUAACAAUCUGGAGAUGACCAAUAGUGGGAGCAAUCAGGCACUGGUGACCAGAGAUCGCCCAGAGAGCAAAGCGCUCUACUCUGACUACGAGGAGAGCAUGAGCUAUAGGGGUCAAGUUCCCCCAGGAUACUCUGGUCACAGUGGGAGAGGAGCGGAAAAUGGUGUACAAAACCCAUACUUUCGGCAAGAUGAUGACAGAAUGCGCAGAUAUUAGCAUCUCUUGAUCAGGAAAAAUCUCUGCAAUUGGAGGAUUUUCCUUCAUCUUCAUGUGGACUGAAUUACUUUUUUUAUAUUUCUAUGUUGAAUAAAAUUCAAAGGUUAAUGAAAUGAAUUACAAAUACCACACACAGAUUUUAUACCCCUUUCUUUCACCACAGGAGCAGAAUUCAGAUUUCCUUUAUAUUUACAUUCUAUGCUAUUAGCAGCUAAUGAAAUUCAGCUCAAGGGCUUCACUUGAUCUAAGCUUUUGCUUUAAAAGUUUUUGUUUUUUUAAAUGUCUUUCCUGAACUGUUGAAUGGAAGCUGUGUUGCAGGGACUUUAGCUUUUACUGCAGCUCCUAUUCUACAUUUCAUUUUCUUAAUUACCAUCUUACCAAGUUAAAAUCAAAUAUUUAAAGACAUGUUGUUGUUGGUUCCAACAAAACAUUCUUUCAAAACACAUCAUCCAUGCUUUUAAUUCAGUGGAUGUUUAAGUCAGAUAUUUUUAUGUUUGUCUUUGACAUUUUGGGGUUUUAUUUGGUUUUAGUGUUGAUAAUGCUUGGGCUGAUUAAUUUCAAAUUAAUCUAAAUAAAUAGAUAUAUUCAAGCAGUAAUACACCGAAUUUAUUCAGAAAGAGAAAUUAUCAUUAACUGUUCUAACUGUAACUAUGAGAAUUGAUGUAUUAUGCCAUGACUAUGCCAAUGUAUUUUAUUAUUAUUUUUUAUCCGAGUAUGGGUUACCAUACUUGGCUUUCACA